CUGGUUCUAUAUAUUGUAUUACGUUUGAAAGCUUCCACCGAAUACAACAUAGUUACGUUCCGAUCUGUCUGGGUCGACAUGUCAAGCUGGAUAUUUUGCUCCGGAAUUGUUCUAGCAAUGGCUUUGCCAAGGCUACAGGCAGAGCUAACAGUUCUGUUCGAUGAAACGAUGCAAGAGUGUGGCAACAAGUUGCCUUUCCCGGCUAUGGAUAUAUCGGGGGUCGACGUAUUUCAACAGGAGGAUGGAACUGUUAUACUGAAUGGAUCGAUUCACUUCCUGGAUGAUUAUUAUUCACCAGUUACGUAUAAUCUUCGAACCCAAAGAUUGGAACGUGGCACAUGGGUUCCGGCCAUAGUGUCCCGUUAUGAAUUCGACUUAUGCCCAACACUUCAGAGACCGAUGGAGCUUUGGUACCCGUUUACGAAAAAUUUGCAGCAGAAGCAGUGUCCAUUAGACUAG